UUUCAGCAACAGACGAAAUCUGAUGAGCCCAUCUCUAACAAAAACCCAUGACUGAAAAACCCUAGACGAGCAAAAAACUCCGAUCAAUUCUCUACCCAGAGUUUGUUCGUGAUUUCUAAGGAUAUUCGCCGGAAAAUGAAGCCGGUAAUCGGUACUGUGGUGUCGAACAAGAUGCAGAAGUCGGUGGUUGUCGCCGUCGACAGGCUCUUCCACCAUAGGAUCUACAACCGCUAUGUCAAGCGAACAUCCAAGUUCAUGGCUCACGACGAGCACAACGUCUGCAACAUCGGCGAUCGAGUGAAACUGGAUCCUUCAAGGCCGUUGAGCAAGCGUAAGAAUUGGGUUGUUGCAGAAAUCCUAAAGAAAGCUCGGAUCUUUUCUCCCGAGGCUGUUGCCGCGGCUCUGAAUUCCUCAGCUUCUGCAGCUGAUUCUGCUACACAGCCCCAGACUUCCCCAUCUUCCUCUUCCUGAGUUGAGGAGCAACAUGGUGCUUGGAUCUGAAUUGCAUUGUCAAAAACUAUAAAGAACAGAAAACUAAGGACAUACAAAGGCGAAUUCCAUCAGCAGAUUGGGCAAAUGUCUGUCAGAUACAGUUUAGCGAGUGUUGAGUUGUAGGAUGGAUGAAUCCAUUGUAACAGGUAGUUUCUUUCUUGAACUCUUGAGAAGAACUUGCUGGUCCUAAAGUCAUUGGUCUGUUUGCAUCUUGACAAGAUGAUCUUGUUACAUGUUUUUGGUAACAUGUCACCCUUUUUUUAUUCUCUUUUAUUUAAACAAAGUUAUGAGGACUUUGAUAUAUUAUGAAUCUCUGACUCUGAA